AUGGAGAUCUCGCUGGGCCAGUGGCUCCUCAUCCUCAUCCUUGUGGCUGUCCCGCUUCUGUAUGAAUGGAGUGCCACCUUCAAGUAUUUCUGCAAGAUGGCGUUCUACAACAGCUACAUCCUCUUCCUGGCUAUCAUUGCCAUCCCCAUCUGUGCAGUCCGUGGGCGCGACGUGGAAAAUAUGAAGAUAUUGCGAUUAAUGUUAGUCCACAUAAAAUAUCUCUACGGGAUCAAGAUUGACGUGCGAGGGGCCGAGAACUUCAACAUCAAGGAGCCGUACGUGGUGGUGUCCAACCACCAGAGCUCCCUUGACUUGCUUGGUUUAAUGGAGGUGUUGCCAGAUCGGUGUGUGCCAAUUGCCAAGAAGGAGCUGAUGUAUAUGGGCACGGUGGGGUUGGCUUGCUGGCUGGGGGGCAUCAUUUUUAUCAACCGCAAGAAAACCAACGAUGCCAUCAGUGUUAUGUCUGAGGCUGCCCAAACUAUGCUGAGCCAAGACGUUCGGGUCUGGGUGUUCCCCGAGGGUACCAGGAAUCACAACGGCUCCAUGCUGCCCUUCAAACGGGGCGCCUUCCACUUGGCGGUGCAAACCCAGGUUCCUCUCAUCCCUGUUGUAAUCUCAUCGUAUAGAGAUUUCUACAGUAAGAAGGAUAGGCGUUUCACUACAGGACGCUGCAUUGUCCAGAUCUUGUCCUCCGUGCCCACAAAGGGGCUGCGAGCCGACGACGUGCCGGCCCUGACGGAUCGGGUGCGCCAAGCCAUGUUGGUUGCUUUUGAGGGGCUUUCCGCAGAGCUGGGUUCCCCGCAGUGA